GUGUGUGUGUGCUGUCAGUUGAGAGGAGCAAACCAAAAAAAUUCAAAAACUAAUUGCUUGAUCUAUGCCAAAAAAGGUGCUAAAUAAUACCAAGGUAGAUGUUAAAUCGUCUGCCGUAUUUAGCACAUUUUUUGCGUAGUAUAUUGGCGAUAAAAAUUGAACCGAAAACGGAAACGCAACGGAAGCUACUUGAGAAAAAUGUGCACGCUGAAAUGUCGAGUUGUCGGAGGUUGUGGCAUGACUUGUGGCUCUUCCAAAUCCUGCUGUGAUCCCUGUAGCAGCGGCUGUUGUGGACCGUGUGGAUCCUCUGGUCCCUGUGGACCGUGUGGAUCCUCUGGUCCCUGUGGACCGUGUGGUCCCUGUGGUCCGUGUAGUCCCUGUGGACCGUGUGGUUCCUGUGGACCGUGUAGUCCCUGUGGACCGUGUGGUUCCUGUGGACCGUGUGGUUCCUGUGGAUCCUCUGGUCCUUGUGGACCCUGUGGACCUUGUGGACCUUGUGGACCCUGCUGUGGACCUUGUGGGCCCUGCUGCGGACCUUGUGGACCCAGUUGUGGAUCUUGUGGACCAUGUGGACCCUGCUGUGGGCCUGGCUGUAGGCCUGGCUGUGGAUCGUGCUGCGUCCAGGCUCCAUGUGGCAUGGUCUCCUAUCGCCUCACGAGCGGACCUGUCGGUCCCGUCCAGCCCAGCAUGGAGUGCUGUGGAUGCUGUAACAGCGGUUGUUCUCCGCCCUUCUACUUUGUGCCCAACUCAUGUGCUUGCUGCUGGGAGUGGGGCUGCUUUGGACCCUAUUAUUAGUCAGCAACCCUUUCAUAUAUCCGGAGUUUUCGAAUUUAUCUCGGUGACUUUGAUCAAACUUACUCACUUUUCAACAUAAUAAAAAAUUUGUACAUCAA